AUGUUUGUGAACCCACAACAAUGCAUUAUUCCCCAAGUUAACUCCAACACACAGAGUGUUCGACUGAUCCGUCUUGAGAAUCGGAUGGAUCAACUUCUUAAUGAAUCAGUUUCAACUCGUUCCCAAUUUGGUAGUUUAACAAACAACAUUGUGAUUUUAGAUUCAAAACUGGACGUUAUGACAACUCUUUUGAAUCAAAUGGCGUCAAAGUUCUCUGACCUUUUAAUUCAAAAUGUCGACAUGAAAAAGUCGAUUGGUGGUCUUCAAAGUCGCUUUCCUACCAAAACCGAGAAAUUUGACGAAAUCGAAAAAUUGCCGUCGAAAAUUAAAAAGGUUGAAAAUCAAAUCCAACAAAGUGCGCCGACGCAAUACACCAAAUCGCCAUCACCAAAACUACAACAACAACCAAAACAAACCCAUUCGUAUCAACAAGAAAUCCAACGCCCAAAUUAUCCCGCCAAAAGUCCAAGUCCAAACACCCCCAAAGAGCAGAAGAAGCCGUCGAUUCCAAUUAGAAAUAAAAUGAAACCGACUCCAUUGGUGCCAAAGAAUAAGAAGGACGACUUUGCGGGGCUCUCAUUUGAAGCGGAAAUUGCUAAUUUCAAUAAACAGCUGAAAGACGACGAUUUGAGUGUUAAAAAGAAGGACCACGAGGAGACAAAGAAUGUGCAAACCAAACUUGAAAACGUCGAAAUUAAUAACAAGAACAGUUCACUGGAAACUGCGACAGAUGUGAAGAAGAAGACAGAGAGUGUCACACUGACUGGA